GGCCGACGUGAGCUACCUGAUGGCCAUGGAGAAGAGCAAGGCCACGCCGGCCGCGCGCGCCAGCAAGAAGAUCCUGCUGCCCGAGCCCAGCAUCCGCAGUGUCAUGCAGAAGUACCUGGAGGACCGAGGCGAGGUGGCCUUUGAAAAGAUCUUCUCCCAGAAGCUAGGGUACCUGUUGUUCCGAGACUUCUGUCUGAACCACCUGGAGGAGGCCAAGCCCCUGGUGGAGUUCUAUGAGGAGAUCAAAAAAUAUGAGAAACUGGAGACGGAGGAGGAGCGCCUGGCUCGGAGCAGGGAGAUCUUCGACGCCUACAUCAUGAAGGAGCUGCUGGCCUGCUCACACCCCUUCUCGAAAAGUGCCACUGAGCAUGUUCAGAGCCACCUUGUGAAGAAGCAGGUGCCCCCAGACCUCUUCCAGCCCUACAUCGAGGAGAUUUGUCAGAAUCUACGAGGCGAUGUGUUCCAGAAAUUCAUCGAGAGCGAUAAAUUCACACGGUUUUGUCAGUGGAAGAACGUGGAGCUGAACAUUCACUUAACCAUGAAUGACUUCAGUGUCCAUCGCAUCAUUGGGCGAGGCGGCUUCGGUGAGGUCUAUGGGUGCCGGAAGGCUGACACGGGAAAGAUGUAUGCCAUGAAGUGUCUGGACAAGAAGCGCAUCAAAAUGAAGCAGGGGGAGACGCUGGCCCUCAAUGAGCGGAUCAUGCUGUCCCUCGUCAGCACUGGGGACUGCCCCUUCAUCGUGUGCAUGUCGUAUGCAUUCCACACGCCGGACAAGCUCAGCUUCAUUCUCGAUCUCAUGAACGGCGGGGACCUGCAUUACCACCUGUCCCAGCACGGGGUCUUUUCUGAGGCCGACAUGCGCUUCUACGCUGCUGAAAUCAUCCUGGGUCUGGAGCACAUGCACAACUGCUUCGUGGUCUACCGAGACCUGAAGCCAGCCAAUAUCCUCCUGGAUGAACAUGGCCACGUGCGCAUCUCCGACCUGGGCCUGGCCUGUGACUUCUCCAAGAAGAAGCCCCACGCCAGCGUGGGCACGCACGGGUACAUGGCCCCCGAGGUCCUGCAGAAGGGUGUGGCCUACGACAGCAGCGCCGACUGGUUCUCCCUGGGCUGCAUGCUGUUCAAGCUUCUCCGGGGGCACAGUCCCUUCCGGCAGCACAAGACCAAAGACAAGCAUGAGAUUGACCGCAUGACCUUGACGAUGGCUGUGGAGCUGCCCGACUCCUUCUCCCCCGAACUCCGUUCCUUGCUGGAGGGGCUGCUGCAGCGGGAUGUCAAUCGGAGGCUAGGCUGUCUGGGCCGAGGGGCUCAGGAAGUGAAGGAGAGCCCGUUCUUCCGCUCCCUGGACUGGCAGAUGGUCUUCCUGCAGAAGUACCCUCCCCCUCUCAUCCCCCCUCGUGGAGAAGUGAACGCGGCCGAUGCUUUCGACAUUGGCUCCUUUGAUGAAGAGGACACAAAGGGCAUUAAGUUACUGGACAGCGACCAGGAGCUCUACCGCAACUUCCCCCUCACCAUCUCGGAGCGGUGGCAGCAGGAGGUGGCAGAGACCGUGUUCAACACCAUCAACGCAGAGACAGACCGGCUGGAGGCCCGCAAAAAGGCGAAAAACAAGCAGCUGGGCCACGAGGAGGACUAUGCCCUGGGCAAGGACUGCAUCAUGCACGGCUACAUGUCCAAGAUGGGCAACCCUUUCCUGACCCAGUGGCAGCGGCGGUACUUCUACCUGUUCCCCAACCGGCUGGAGUGGCGGGGUGAAGGCGAGGCCCCACAGAGCCUGCUGACCAUGGAGGAGAUCCAGUCCGUGGAGGAGACCCAGAUCAAGGAGCGCAAAUGCCUGCUCCUCAAAAUCCGUGGCGGGAAGCAGUUCGUCCUGCAGUGCGACAGCGACCCGGAGCUGGUGCAGUGGAAGAAGGAGCUCCGUGACGCCUACCGCGAGGCCCAGCAGCUGGUGCAGCGGGUGCCCAAGAUGAAGAACAAGCCGCGCUCGCCCGUGGUGGAGCUGAGCAAGGUGCCGCUGAUCCAGCGUGGCAGUGCCAACGGCCUCUGACCGCCUGCCCACCCGCCU